UAAAGAAUUCCAUAACCAUGCUAAUAGCCCUUAGGCACAGCUUGCAGUUCACCUAUCCAGGUGGCACACUGUAUUUUUGCCUUGUUUAUGUUAAUGUAGUGUUCCAGUAACUUAGAAUAUUUCUUCUAAAACCUGCCUGGACUGAAGUUCUCAAUCGUCAAGUUCUCAUAAAGUUUCUGCACUGGGCUCAUUACGCUGGACAUAAUUACUUUUGAUAUGUUUUGUAUGUGCAGCCAGAUCUGAAAGCGAAUGGGGAUUGAAUUGCUUUGCCUUUUUUUCCUAUUCCUGCAAAGAAUUAACUAUGUACAAGGGAAUUGUAAUCCAGGGAGUGCAGUGAAUUGUAAAGAGUGUUUGCUUUCUGGACCGCAUUGUGGAUGGUGCUUUCAAGAGAAUUUUACUGAUCCAUCUGAAAUUCUUAGAAGGUGUGGCACUCCUGAAGAGCUUAUUUCGAAAGGAUGCCAACUGAAUUUCAUUGAAUUUCCUACUUCUGAAGUGGUAAUUCACAAAAACAAGCCUCUUAGUGAAGGGCCGCAGGAAAACAACUCAGAUGUUACACAGAUUUCUCCUCAAAAGCUAACUAUCCUACUGCGGCCAGGAAAUGAAGAAACAAUACAAAUCAAUGUUCGUCAGACUGAAGAUUAUCCAGUUGACCUCUACUACCUCAUGGAUCUUUCAGCUUCCAUGCAUGAUGAUCUGAAAACCAUUAAGGAACUGGGUUCUACCUUGUCAAAAGAAAUGUCUAAACUGACAAGUAACUUUCAGCUGGGUUUUGGGUCUUUUGUAGAAAAACCAGUUUCACCAUUCAUUAACACCGUGCCAGAAGAAAUCAAGAAUCCUUGCCAAAGUGUCCCACAUGACUGCUCUCCAACAUUUGGAUACAAGCACAUUCUGUCAUUGACAAAUGAUGCCGAAAGGUUCAAUGAAAUUGUGAAAGAACAGAAAAUCAGUGCUAAUAUAGAUACUCCAGAGGGAGGAUUUGACGCAAUUAUGCAGGCAGCUGUGUGUAAGGAAAAAAUUGGGUGGAGGAACGACUCAUUACAUCUGUUGGUCUUUGUGAGUGAUGCCGAUUCCCAUUUCGGGAUGGAUAGCAAACUGGCAGGAAUUGUAAUUCCAAAUGAUGGGAAAUGCCACUUGGAUCAUAAUAAUGAGUAUUCCAUGUCAACUGUUUUGGAAUAUCCAAGUUUGGGACAAUUAAUAGACAAAAUUGUGCAAAACAACAUUUUAUUAAUUUUUGCAGUGACAAAGGAACAGGUUCCUUUGUAUAAGAACUAUGCUAAUCUUAUUCCUGGGGCUACUGUUGGAAAACUCCAGAUGGAUUCUGGAAAUGUUCUCCAGUUGAUCAUUGAUGCAUAUAAGGCACUCCGGUCAGAAAUUGAGCUGGAGGUGUUGGGAGACACGGAUGGAGUAAACCUAGCUUUCACUGCCAUUUGUAACAACAGCACUGCUUUUCCACACCAAAAGAAAUGCUCUCACAUUCAAGUGGGAGAGGUGGUCAGUUUCAAUGUGACUUUAAGCCUAUCUGCUUGUGGGAAAAGUCCAAAGAACAUCAUAAUAAAGCCGGUGGGCUUGAAUGAAGCUCUGGAAAUUGAGAUCCAGUCAGAAUGCAGCUGUAAUUGUCAGAAGGAAGCUGAAAUGAACAGCUUCAAGUGCAAUGGCGGACAUGGUUAUUUUGAAUGUGGGGUGUGCAACUGCAACCCAGGCUACAUGGGUCCUCGCUGUGAAUGUGGUGAAAAAGACUCAUUGAGUACAGGUUCCUGCAAAAGUUCUCCAGAGGAGACCGCUUGUAGUGGAAGAGGUGACUGCUUUUGUGGACAGUGCAUUUGCCACCCAUCAGCAUAUGGACAUAUUUAUGGGUCAUUUUGUGAAUGUGACAGUUUCUCUUGUGGGAGAUUUAGAGGACUACUAUGUGCAGGCAACGGCAACUGUGACUGUGGUCAGUGUAGAUGCCACAGUGGUUGGACGGGUGAAUACUGUAACUGCACCACUGACACCAAUAGCUGUGUUUCUGCUGACGGCACAAUCUGCAGUGGGAGAGGUGAAUGCAUGUGUGGAAAAUGUGUGUGCACAAAUCCCGGGGUUUCAGGAACAACGUGUGAAAAAUACUCACCCUAUGCUGACCCUUGCACUUCUAAACGGAGCUGCGUAGAAUGCUAUUUAGCUUCUAAUGAUCAGUCUCAGGAAGAGUGUGCUGAGAAAUGUAAAUUGGUUGAUGCGACUGUCAGUAGUGGAGAAGAUAUCAUGGAAGAUAAAUUUGUUCCUUGUUUGUUACUUGGAGAAAAUGAAUGUGCUAUCACAUUUCAAAUGGCAGCUGAUGAACAGGGAAAAACAACCAUUCGUAGCAUAAAUCAAAAAGCCUGUCCACAACCUCCAAAUAUUACAAUGAUUGUGUUGGGUCUUUCUAUUGCUAUCUCCCUCACUGGAGUUGUCUUGCUUUGCAUAUGGAAACUGUUUGUUUCAUUUCAUGACCGCAAAGAAGUUGCUAAUUUUGAAGCAGAGAGAUCGAAGGCCAAAUGGCAAACAGGAAUAAACCCAUUGUACAGAGGCUCAACAACAACAUUUAAAAAUGUAACAUACCGGCAAAAGGAAAGACAACCUGGAUCUGCUGCGGAUAUAUUUUAGCACCCUGAAUGAUUUUUUUGGAGUGGGAGGGGAAUAGUUUGAAAAAAAUGUUACAUUUACUAAAUUUAUUCAAAAUUUAUUAUUAAUAUGCUGUAGCGGUACAAUAGUUUAGGAUGACAGGAUGACAGAAUAUGUGCUUUUCAUGGUUGGAAGACCCAUAGUCAUAGCUUAAUUUGAUCUAUGAGAACUCAUUUUCUGUGUCAGAAUUCAGUACUGGAUGUGAAGUAACCAAAAUGCUGGAGAGGUUGCGGUUCCACAGCCACAGGCACAUGUGGGAAUGUCCCAAAAUCCAACCUUUCUGGACAACAGUCCUACAGGAAAUAAGCAAAGUCACCCAAGAACUGGGCCUACUAAACCAAGAUAAUAAUGCCCAUGCACACUAUAAACCCACCUACUCUCAGCAGCCAGAAACAACAUAGCCAGACGCUGGAGAGACCUGUCAAGAGUAAACAAGUGUCACUGCCUGAAACCAAACCUCUCUUAGGAUGCACUAUGUUCUGAGAUGGCAGAAAUUGUGCAUAUGAGAACUUCCCCACUCACCUCAACAAAGGUGGCAGCUAUGUGCAUUCCUUUGCAAAUCACCUCAGAAAGCAGGUCAUUAUAAAAAAUACAUGUAAGCCAUCUCAAUAAAAUGCUGCAUGUUCAUUAAUCGUUGUAUUUGUGUCCAAAUGACAAAACAGAAUGUAGCUUUACUCAUAAGCAGUAAUAGUCAUGGAAGAUGUUAGUUGCCACUUUUUUGAGGCAUGAUUUCUAUGCUGUUAAUAGCCACAUGACAUAAACUCAAGAUAUUAACACUACUGCUUUCAAAACCUGUUGAAUUUCUUUCUCUGGUGUGGUAGUUAAAGCCCUGACAUGGUGAAAGAUUCCAGUACUAAAAGUAAUCAGACUUAGGAAAGGUUUCUGUGUUUGGCUAAUAAAAUUCCCCACAACUAAGACUGCAAUUUUAAAUAGACUUACAGUGCAAUCCUAUAUAUAGAGUAGAGACUCAGAAGGAAGCCUCACUUACUGUAUAUAAAUAUGUAUAGGAUUGCCCUGCUACUAGGAUGUAAAUCCUGUUGCGCAAAAUAGAACUUACAUUUGCUUUAAAAUGUUGUUUUGUAUAUGUACUGUAUAUUCCUGCGUAUAAGACUACUUUUUAACCCAGGAAAAUCUUCUCAAAAGUCGGGGGUCGUCUUAUACGCCAGGUCGAAUUUCUUAUACAGCGAGUAUAUCCCAAACUCUAGAUUUUAACUGGAAAAGUUGGUGGUCGUCCUAUAUGCCCAGUCGUCUUAUACGCCGGAAUACAGUAGUACCUCGUCUUACGAACAACUCGACAACCGAAUUUUUCGGAUGUCUUGACAUCCAAAAAAAAAUUGUGGUGGUUUUAGAUAGGGAUUUUUCAACUUACGAAUUUUUUGAUAGGGUUGCUUCGACUUACGGAUUUUUCCGUUUUCAAUGCAUUCUUUUGGGAAAUCGCGUUUCCAAUGGUGUUUGUCGACUUACUGUAUGAAUUUUUCGAUUUACGAAGGUGCCUUCAGAACAGAUUAAAUUCGUAAAUUGAGGCACCACUGUAUACGGUAGUUAUACAAACAAAAAAUAAAAAGAAGUCUAUUUGCAGACUAUUUGCCUCUUGCGUUUUAGAAGGUAAGACAAAAGAUGGAGGGUUUAGCUGGCUUGUAAGCGGGUUUUGUUUUUUUGUUUUGUUUUUUACCAUGAAGGGGUAUUUGAUUUUUUUUCUCCAAAAGCAAACUUUCACUAUGUUAUUCAUAGUAUGAAUGUUCUUGGUGAAGACACUGGAAAUGUCUGAACAGUUAUGUUUCCUGAAAUAGUUUUGACCCAAGGCUGGACCUUAAAUGAGGCCAAAACGUUACCAGUAAACAUACUACAUUUUACUCAUUGGAGUCCCUUGGGCAUUUUGUUAUGAGGUUUUUUUAUAUGUAAAUAUUGUGUGAAAGGCAUGCAUUAAAUAAAAAAAUGUAAAACCUGACAUUGUAAUUACAGUAGUUUUUCUUUUCUUUUUAAAAUGUUAAUAUGUAAGCAGAAUUGUUCUAAUCAAGCACUUUUGCACAGAUUUUCAGAUUCUAUAACAAGUCAAAUAUCCUGGGCAUGGUAAUGACCCAUAAAGAUUAUAAUCUGUGUGUGCCAUGUGUCACAACAUUUGGUAUGGAUUCCUGCUGUUUUGUAAGUAGCUCGGGUGGGUGGGUGUCACAAUUUCACAAUGUUUAUCUCAGGGCCACCACACAUCACACUGACUUUCAAGAAAGGGCUUUGGAUCCCUAUGCAGUAUCAUAUAUAUUUAAUUACAUGUGUGUAUUGCCACCAUCACUUGAAUUAACAUGCCCACCUGGAUUUUCCUGAAGCAUGGGAAAGCAUAACAUAAUUCCCACAACACAUAAUAUAAGGGAUUCUUCACCAUAGGAUGUGGUGAUGGCCAAUGGUCUAAAAGGAUGAGGCUUAGACAGAUUCACAGAGGGCAAGUCUGUCAGUGGCAUUUAGGCAUGAACUCACCACAGAACAUCUGAAUUAAGCUAGUUUAUGGACCACAGUUUCGGAAUCUCAGACUUAAUCAGAUAUAAAUCAAAAUGACUUGUGUCACCUCUACAGAAGAGUGGGCAUGAACCCAUACACUCUGCAAUGUAAAUGCUGAAGGUGCCUAAUGCUGAGCCUUGUCAUGGGCCAAGCAGGUCUGCAUUAUUCUUUUCCAUCGAAUGUGGAUUAAAAGAUUGCACAAAUCAGGAUUUCAGGCAUAAAGUUCUCUGCAAGGGACAGCCAUAUUACAUGACCAUUCUGGAUGCAUCUUCUGGCAUCCCAUCACACAUAGAAUAUCACAACUCGGGCUAUCUGGUUCAGACCAGAUAUUUUUGCCACAUAAGCAUAAUAUUACAAAGUUUAUAUGAUAUACCGGUACUAAUUACCCCUCUACUCCCUUUCAAGUAAAGUCACUCCAUCUUAUUUGCAGGUGCAAGUUUAUUAAACAUUUUGUGAAGAGGGAAGAUUGCAUUGUUUUACAAUGCUUAGAUUGCCAAUUCUGGAAGUUUUCAAAUUGCUUUAAAGAGUUCAAUUAUCCCCAGCAAUCCCCAUAGACCUCCAUUUGCUUUCCUACAGUGCUUUUGCUUUGCU